AGAUGUUCUUUUCUAUUUUUGUUUGAUGGCAUAUAUCAGGCAACUGAAAAAUCAAGGCUGAUGCAGCACUGCAGGCCUGCCUUUCAGGGACUUGCUUUUUUAGACCUUCCUUUAUAAUCAUGAACUUUGUGGCAAGCCAUUUGAAUGUUUAUUCCUUAAAACUAACGUGUCUAUUUUUACUAAUUAGUAGUAUCUCUUUUAGGCAUCCCAGUACCUAUUAAGUAGACAUGAUGAUUUAGAUACUAGUGUGUAUUUCACUUGAUACAUAUAAAGUAGCCAUUCUGACCAGUCAGUAUUACUCAUUACAAGCAAUUAAAACUAGUGAAAUUUUAGCUAUUACUAAUGACAUUUGAGAUCUAGGUUACACUUUAUUUUGAUGGUCCAUUUAACACAUUCUGUUGACUAUAAGUAACAUUGCACCUACAUACUUACUAGCUCUCAACAGAGUGUUGGAGGAGUAUUAGGUUAGUAAACUGGUAGGGUUAGGGUUAGAAUAAAUUACUUGCAAAGUUACUGAUAGUCAGUAGAAUGUCUGGGACACCAUCUCAAAUAAAAAAGAGUUAGCAGAUAUUAAUCAGGCAGUCUACUAAUACUCUAAUGAGAGUUAGUAGACAUGUAGGUACAACGUUACUAAUUGUCAACAGAAUGUUCAAAAGUGACCAUCAAAAUAAAGUGUUACCAUCAAUUCUUGUGUCUAUUAACUAACUAUCUAGUCACUACUGGAAUACUUGCUAGUGAUUAAGAUAACGUAUACGGGUUCGUUUAUACAGUUUAAUGUUAACACGGCUUGCCAUAUUACAAAGAAACCUGUCUCUUUAAGGAUUUGCAGUGUUUCCGGUGACGCGAUUCAGUUCACGGUUGUAACUGUGUUAUUAGUUGCACUAUGGACUUUCCGCAGACCCUGUGAUGAAAUGUUUAUGCGUUGCCAUUUCUAAUAAAUAAUAAGCCAAAACAAUGAUUUGCAUACUUUUAGUUGCAGGGCAUGGCACGAUUUUAGAGACACAGAUCAAGACUGAUGUUACAGGUCUGUAUGCUCAUCUGACCGGUGUGCCCAAAGCUCUGUUACCUGGAGUGGGGGGAAAGAAAAUAUUGGAUUUCUGGUGGGAAACUGUCAACACGCGCCAGCUCUUCAGUGAAGUCUACCUGGUUACAAAUGCUGAUAAAUACAAGCACUAUGAACGGUGGGCAACAGCAAAUGACUUUCCAGUGGAGAAUGUUGUGAAUGAUGGCAGCACAACUUUGGACGACAGACUCGGGGCUGUCGCAGACCUUGAGUUGGCCAUCCGAAGCCGACAGCUACAAGAUGACAUCAUGGUGAUUGCAGGAGACAUGCUUUGUGCUGAUCAGAACUUUGAUAUUGCACAAGUUAUUCGCUUUUUCAGAUCUAAGCCUGGAGAACUUGCUAUAUAUUAUGAGCUGGAGUCGGGAGAGAAGAGCUACACCAGAGGAAUUGUUGAAGUGUGUCCAAACACCCAUCGGGUCAUGCAAUUCCUUGAGAAGCCUCAAGAGGGCAUCACCGCUUCUCGUCUGGCCAGUGUUGUUUUCUACUGCCUGCGCAAAGAUUCCUUACCAUACAUCUCUGAAUUUCUCAUUCAACACCUAGACGUUAAUGAUAGAACUUUUGGCAAGUUUUGGGAAUGGCUUAUAAAUGAGGAGAAAGUUCCUGUUUAUGGGAUGAAGUUACCAACAGGAUUUCAACUAAUUGGACAAGUGGGUCUGUCUGAUUACACAAAAUGGCUUGCACACUAUUCUUCAAAGCAGCAGCUGUCCCCAUCUAAACCCAUUACAUGCCGCUCAUAUGCCAGGGUUGGACUCAUGGGGAACCCCUCUGAUGGUUUCAAUGGGAAAACCAUUGCUAUGUCUAUCACUAACUUCUGGGCUGAGGUCACGCUCAUGGAGAGCCAGACUCUGGUCCUUCUACCUCAUCCUCUGAACGAUCCCACGGAAUUUGGAAGCAUGCAGGAUCUUUUUCGGAUCAGCCGGAAAGAAGGGUAUUUGGGAGGUCUGAGACUUCUACAAGCCACCUGUAAAAAGUUUUACCAGUUCUGCUCUGAACAAGGCAUUGCUCUGUCCAAGCAGAAUUUUACUCUCAAGUAUGACACAAACAUUCCUCGGCAAGUGGGUUUAGCCGGCAGUAGUGCGAUUGUGUCUGCCACCUUGAAGUGCCUGAUGAAGUUCUACAACAUCACAGACAACGAUCUUCCUAAACCAAUCAGAGCCAACUUCAUCCUCAAUGUAGAGACUGAUGAGCUGUUCAUCACGGCUGGUCUACAGGAUAGAGUUGUGCAGGUCUAUGAAGGCUUGGUUUACAUGGACUUCAACAAACAGCUGAUGGAUAAGAGGGGUUAUGGAGAGUACAUUCCCUUGGACAUGAGCGAACUUCCCUUGUUUUGGCUAGCCUAUUUGGGUGAUCCAAGUGAUUCUGGACGGAUUCACAGUAAUGUUAGACAGCGCUGGUUGAACGGUGAAUCUACUGUUGUUGAAGCUAUGAAAUCAUUUGCUGAACUCACAGAUCAAGCCAGGGCUGCCUUUCAGUGUAAAGACUGGCCCAGACUUGCACAGCUCAUGGAUGAAAACUUUGAGCUACGGCGGUCAGUGUAUACUGACGACUGUUUGGGCCCUGGAAAUUUGAAAAUGGUACAGCUUGCGAGACAGUUUGGAUCUGCAGUCAAAUUGCCUGGCAGUGGUGGUGCUGUGGUUGGAUUGUGUAUGGACCCUGAGCGGCUGGUGGAGAUGAAGAGGGCUUUCCAAGAGGCUGGAUGUGUGUUUUGUCUUAUUGUGCCUUAUGACCCAUCAGUGCAGAGUCAUAACUGAACACUCAGUGAAAAGAUUUAAUUGUUUGUUUGCUAAAAAGAUGUUUGCUUUUAAAGACUCUGCUAGAGGAACAUUCUUUGAAGAGAUGGUUCAAAAAUAAAAGAUAAAAAAAAAUCUCAUGUCAUUCCAAACAUGUAUGAUUUUCUUCUGUGCAACAUAAAAAAUAUAUUUUACUUUUUUUUUUUUUUUUUUGUCCAUAUGAUGAAAAUCAAUGGUAACCAAUUUUUAUUUCAUUUUUUUUUUGGUUACUAAUAUUCUUCAAAAUAUUUUCUUUUCUCCUCAAGAAGGACAAACAGUAAGUCAUACAGAGAUUUGAAAUGACUUGAGGAUAAGUAAAUAAUGACAGACUUUUCAUUUUUGGGAGAACUAUUCCUUUUAAAUUUGUCUUCAGUUUUGAACUCGCCACUGUUUUCCUAUUUCAGACUCAUUUAUCACAGGUCAUUGUUUAGCAGGAGGUGGGGCUCCAAUUGUUGUAUGUUUUGGAUAGAAAUGAGAAACAAUUGACUUUGCAUUGGUAGCCUUUCACACCCAUCCUGUUCUUGUGUUGUAAAGACAUUUUUGUGCAGAGCUGAAAGUUUUUAUUCCAGUAGACGUGAUUGUGAAUGGAGUUAUUUAAUUAAAUCUAUAUAUUAUUAGUCAACACUACCAGGAAAUUUCUCCAAUUUUAUCAUAUUUAUGUCAAUAUGUUAAUUAAUCAAAUAAAUCCUUUGACUCACUUUA